AUGUCUGAAAUUAAUAAGUAUUUGCGCCACAGUCACCACAUACCUAACCUAUAUACGCGAAUUGUGUGGAUUGUAAAAAUGGCCAGCUCUCUUUCUCGCUUAUCUAAAUGCUUAACUAACAAAAAUUAUUUGCACAGUUUAAACAACUUACAUGGGACCAAUGGCUCAAUGGAAUGGACAUACAAUAGAAUGAGCAGACGCUUGUUAAAUAUGCUUGAAUAUGAUGCGAUGAAGGUAUGUGAAAAGUAUGGUAUACCGAUUCCCAGGCAAGUGACAGCUAAAUCGCCACAGGAAGCGGAACAGAUGGCGGCGAAACUUGUGGAAGACUGCGGCGGUAACAUAGAUUUAGUAAUCAAAGCACAGGUUUUGACCGGGGGAAGGGGCAAAGGACAUUUUGAAAAAAGCAAAUCACCAGGUGUGGUAAUUGUCAACAAUCUUGGCGAUGUAAAAAAGACUGCCCAGCACAUGCUGGGAGAUAGACUUAUCACCAAUCAAACAGGUAGCGACGGGAUAAUUUGUGACAAAGUUCUUAUAGCCGAAAGGCUAUUUCUCAGAAACGAAAGAUACGUAUCAUUGACUUUGGAUAGAAAGUCAGGUGGAAUUGUAAUGAUAGUGACGACUGCUGGAGGUUCUAAUGUUGAAGAAAUGGCAGAAGCUGCGCCGGGAAAUGUCAUUAAAAUUUCCCUUCCACCCAAUCGCGAAUUGGCUUCCAUAUGCAGCCAUGAAAUGGCCGAAUCUCUCAAAUUCUCUUCAAAUUUGACACCAAAGGUGGCAAAUAUACUAACUAAACUUUAUAAUCUCUUCAUAAACACAGAUGCCACUCUGGUUGAAAUUAACCCACUGGCUGAAGUUCAUGAUGGUAGGAUCAUAGCGUGCGAUUCAAAGAUUACUCUGGAUGAUAAUGCCGAUUUUAGACAAGAUGAAUACUUUAAGAAUGCACCAAUGCCCGUUAAUCCGGCAGAAUUGGCGGCAAAAAAUGCUGGGGUAAACUACAUUUCUCUCGAUGGAAAUGUUGCCUGCAUUGUUAAUGGAGCGGGAUUAGCUAUGGCUACAAUGGAUUUGAUUACUCUCAAUGGAGGCCGCCCUGCCAAUUUUUUGGAUGUAGGAGGAAAUGCUGAUGAUGGAAUGCUCACUUCAGCGGUAAAAAUUGUCGCAAAUGACAGCAAAGCCAAAGUUAUAUUUAUUAACAUUGUAGGUGGGAUAGUGAGAUGCGAUAAUUUCGUCUUAUCCCUUGUUGAGGCAAUUAAGCAUACAGAUUGUAAAUUACCACUGGUGGUAAGGUUGAAGGGUACUAAUGCCAAUGAAGCGCUUGAUAUUUUAAAGACUUCUGGUAUAAAUUGUACAAUGUGUGACGAUUUUGACAAGGCGGCAAAGACAGCAGUGGAAUUGGCCAAAUAA